GCGGGCCGCGACCCGGCACUCGCCUGGAGCGCGCGGGCGAGGCGGGCGGAGCGCACCGGAGCUCACGGGGGCGCACAGCGGCGCGCUAGCACCGCUCGGCUCUGCGCGGCUCUCGGCGGCGGCGGCGGCUGCGGCAGCGGUCGGGGCACGGGGCUGAACGAGCGUCCGGGCUCCGGGGCUCCGCGAAAGGCGGCUGCGGCUCCCGAGUGCGGCCCCGCUCCCUGCCACUGCCCCGGCCCGGCCGCUUCUUUGCCAUGGCUCUGGCGGACAGCACACGUGGAUUACCCAACGGGGGAGGCGGCGGGGGCGGCAGCGGCUCCUCGUCGUCCUCCGCGGAGCCGCCGCUCUUCCCCGAUAUCGUGGAGCUGAACGUGGGGGGCCAGGUGUACGUGACGCGGCGCUGCACGGUGGUGUCGGUGCCCGACUCGCUGCUCUGGCGCAUGUUCACGCAGCAGCAGCCGCAGGAGCUGGCCCGGGACAGCAAAGGCCGCUUCUUUCUGGACCGGGACGGCUUCCUCUUCCGCUACAUCCUGGAUUACCUGCGGGACUUGCAGCUCGUGCUGCCCGACUACUUCCCGGAGCGCAGCCGGCUGCAGCGCGAGGCCGAGUACUUCGAGUUGCCGGAGCUCGUGCGCCGCCUCGGGGCGCCCCAGCAGCCCGGCCCGGGGCCGCCGCCACCGCACUCGCGACGCGGGGUGCACAAGGAGGGCUCGCUGGGCGACGAGCUACUGCCACUCGGCUACACAGAGCUGGAGCAGCAAGAGGGCGCCUCUGGCGGGGCGCCGUCGCCCACGCUGGAGCUGGCUAGCCGCAGCCCGUCCGGGGGCGCGGCGGGCCCGCUGCUCACGCCGUCCCAGUCGCUGGACGGCAGCCGGCGCUCUGGCUACAUCACCAUCGGCUACCGCGGCUCCUACACCAUCGGGCGGGACGCGCAGGCGGACGCCAAGUUCCGGCGGGUGGCGCGCAUCACCGUGUGCGGCAAGACGUCGCUGGCUAAGGAGGUGUUUGGGGACACCCUGAAUGAGAGCCGGGACCCGGACCGGCCCCCGGAGCGCUACACCUCGCGCUAUUACCUCAAGUUCAACUUCCUUGAGCAGGCCUUCGACAAGCUGUCCGACUCGGGCUUCCACAUGGUGGCAUGCAGCUCCACGGGCACCUGCGCCUUUGCCAGCAGCACCGACCAGAGCGAGGACAAGAUCUGGACCAGCUACACCGAGUACGUCUUCUGCAGGGAGUGAGCUCCCCAGACCCCCUCGCGACUCCAGCGCCCACUCCCCUUCCUUCCUGCCCGAGAGAUGAUUGCAGAUCCUCCCGCUCCUCCUCUGUCCCCAGGCUCCCCUCCCCGGGCCCCCCCCCCCAGAAGUAACGGGCCAAAACCCGCCCCCCAACCCCCAAAAACCGCAACCAAAAAACCCCCGGGCCUCUUUGGCCUCCUUGGAACCCCCCAAACCAAAAAAACCCGAAAACGAACCCCCCCCAACCCCACGCUUCCUCUACUCCCUGCCGCAAAGUGCUCCUCCCCAGGUGGGACUUCCGUCUGGAUCUGGUGGGGCAAUGUGGCCACAAAGUCACCAAGUACCUGGCAAUGAUUGAAUUGUUCAGAACUUAAUUGGACCGUGUCCAGUGUGUAGAAGAUUCUUUGAAAUCUUCUCGAGCCCUUAUGACUCAUUUGCGGUUUAAAAGAUCAGAAUUGAUAACACUGGGGAUAGUUAGUGUUUUAAACGGCCAUUAUACAGUCUUUUGGACUGUCUUUGAAGGUUGAGUUUUAGAAGGCUGAAUGGAAGACUGAUCCUGAAAUCAGGACCGCAUGGAGGCAGUCCAGUGACUGUAAAUGAAUAAAGUUUUGAAAAGUUACAGGUAAAAGCAGAACAAUCUAGUGCUGGCACAGUGAAGGAUCCUAUCUUUCCUGUACAGAGUAAAAAAAGUCUUCGCCUGUGGCUUAAACUUGUAGACAGUGAUCCUCCUCACUGCGGAGGUGCCCUUUUUCAUCGGCUUGUCGCCAGAAGCUCUUGGUUCCACUGAUUGAAAUAGCAGCCCUUACUGUCAAAAGGGAGAAAAGGGCGCUGCCCCCUAAGAGGGCAAGGCUGCCCAGGACGCCAAGACAGGUGCAGGAAGACACCUAGCAGUGGCUGUAAAGGGAGCUGGGCAGUAAUGCACGUCGUGAGUGUUAGGAAAGCUUGUAUUCUUGCAGAGAAUGGCAGUAGGAUCCUUAACUCUAAGACUUGGGGGUGGGUGGGGAGGGGAGGGAGGAAGGGGGUAGGAAGGGUGGGAAGGGAGGAGCAGACAUACUCAUUUAUUAUUUGAAAGCUGGAAGUUUGUACCAUUCGUUUGAGUACAUGCACAUUUUAAAAAUAUCAAAUAGUACAUGCAAACAUGCCAAGCAUUUUAUAAAGAUUAAUAACAGACCUCCUCUUAACUGGCAGUUUAUUGAACUUACUGUUUUGAGUCCUAAACUUAGAAAUUGCUAAUACUUGUAGAACUUAACCAAAGAGUUACCCAGUAGGGUUUUAGUUUUUGAACUUUUAUUUUCUUGUUGAUUAUAAAUCUUGAUGUUAAAAUCUAUUUACUUGAGCAAAAUAAGUUUGAUUUUGGUUGCUUAGACUUAAGAUCUCUUAUUAAAGAUCCUUGUUUUCUCCAAACCCAGCAAAUGUUGACUACUGGGCAAACCUGAAUACCCGAAAAUGCCACUUCCUUCAUGCAGUCAGUUUGAAGUUAAGGUGGAAUCUUUGCAAGUGGCAGAGCUACAGAGAAAUAUAAGCACCAAGGGCUGCCCAUCUGUAGAUAGCUGUAAAAUGGAAUGUUUUUAAACGAAGGCAAAUGAGUACUUAAAAGUGAGCUGAGCAAUAAAGUGGUGUUUUAGGUAAAUGCAGCAGAAACAGAAGGAGACCUGGUUGCCUUAUGCCUUUACUCUUACAUGGAAUAAAUUCCCAAUGCAUAUCCUGUGUGCACCAUAAGCGAAGGGAAACAACCCUCAUCAUGCUUCAUGCUGUGAGGUGUCCUUUGACUAUUCUGUGAUGACAGAGAAGACUUUCUAUUUUGUUUUGUUUGUUUCAGCAUCUUUUUCUGAAGUCUGUUUUUAAAGAUUUUGUAAGAGCCAUUUUCAGUGGUUAGUGCUAUUUUUCCUUCUUUUUAAAAAUGAAUCUUGUACUGUAUCUUACUGUAUCCAUAUAGCGGUUAUGAAUUGGAACAGUUUUAUUCUUAGACUCAUGUGAUCCAAUCUGUAUAUACCAUAUAUAAACAUUUUACAUGAAUCAUUUAGUUUUUUAAUUCAUUUACUAAUGCUAUACAGUUUCCUAUAUUUCCCC